GACACUCGAACGAAAGUAUAAAGAAGCUUUUAUUUUAAAUUCAGCAUGUAUUUCUUUCGAUAGCGCGAGAGAAAUACCGAAAUAUUAUUCUAAUAGCUAUGAACAUAGAAAAUGGUACCAAAAUUCAAAUUACAUUUUCAAUUCAUAAAAUUAUAUCAAUGAGCAUAGCUAAAAAAUACUAUUAUUUAUAUUUUGCAUUCACAAUACUAUACCGAAAAAUAUUAAUUUUAUUUCAUAUGACCCUAUUAAUUUAACUUACUCACCUACAAGCCUUUUCAUGCUCUAAUUCACUUUUCAGGCAUUCAAUUUCACUGUCGUUCAUUGCGGUGUCUAUUUCUGUACUGAAUUAGAAUUCCACUUAUUUCAUCCGAAAUGUUAGAUUAGACCUUGCUUAUCCUUGGGUAAGAUAUUGAUCAAACUUGUUCAUGGUUGACAAGCAAUUCUAACAAGAAGAAGAAGAACAAAACUUUACUUGUUGCCAUGAAAUUGAAUCUAAUCGAUUGAUGAAAAUAAAAUAUAAUAGGAAUUAUACAAAAACAUAAAUUUACGAAUUAACACAAGAUAAUUAUGAUUUUUAAUAUUACUUUUUUAAAUUAAUUUUACAUGAAAUUAAGUUUCAGAUUAUAUUUAAAUUUGUUGAAACCUAAGAUAAGCUUAUUGACCUACAAGAACUAGCUAGUAUGUUGUUAAUCUAUGACAAGAACCAUUCAAGAAAGAUUCAAAACUAGGAAAAAGUACCUAGUGAGCUUUGGCAGUAGCUGACAGCUGUCAAGUGUCAAUCAAUUUCAAAUUCAAAAGUUUACAGUUUAAGUUGCGAUUGCUUUUUUGUAUAGAAUAGUAAAUGGGUUUUAAUUAUCCGCAAAAGUUUUUAUAAAACGAUCAUAAUAUUUCUUUCUCCUCAUAAAAGAUGAGUUUACUUAGUACCGUGUUGCAAGAGGCUGAUAAAGCUAGUUCAGAACAACGACAGAAACUUUGUGACCAGUUACUGCCGAGGAUAAAAGAACUCGAUGAACGAAUUCAGCUAAUUACAUUUGAUUUACAGCAGAAUUUUAUUGACCUGUAUGUUCAUUUCACUCCUACAAAAAGUUUGGAACAGCUAAAUUAUAUUAACAGGAAAGGUAACAUUUUAACAGAUUAUGAAAAGUUAUUACAAGAAUUUGAAAUUUUACAUGAAAACUGCAAGAGGAAAGAUGAAGAAAUAAUCAAACACCAAGAUAAACUCAAUGAAUCAAUGAAAAGCUUCAAAGAAUCUUGCAUUUUAGUUGAAGCUAAAAGAAUUCUAGAGAAAGCAGAACAUGAAUCCAGAAGAACUAAUUACAGUGAAGCUAUAAUGUCCACUAAAAGGCUUCAGGACCAAUUAAAAUCUUUGAAAUUUGGUGACAAACUCAUGAAAGGUUUGUCUAAUCUUAAAGCUCAGACUCAAAACCAAUUAUCUAUUUACAUUGCCUUGGUGAAUAUUGAAUGGGAAGAAAUUUUCAAAUGGACUGAAAGAAAAAGUGUAUUCUACCUUACAUAUUGUUUAUCAGUUCAACAAAGUGACCCAUUGCUUAUACAGAAGGUACUGAAAACAAUGUAUAAUGCAGGUAUUAUGAAUGCUGAACUAGGACAGUUUUCUCAUUUUUUUAUUGAUAAACUAUUACAUAAUGUAAUAAGAUACAACUGUGAUAUAUAUACUGAAGAUAAUCUUGGUGCUUUGGAGUUCAAUAUUAAAAUAAAUAUGAAUGAUGGAAAGAAACCUAACUAUCAAACAAUUUUUACUAAUCUCACAGCAGUAUUUGAGUUUCUUGAAACAACUCUCGGCUCACAAUUUGAAUGUGAUAAAAAGUUUAUUGAAGUAUUUGCAAGUUCAGUACGAGAAAAGUUUUUCAAUAAAAUAAUUGAUGAGUGUAUUAAAUAUAAUUUACCUUCUUGCGAAAGUACUUAUGAAAGUUAUAAAAAUAUAGUCCUUGAAUUAGACUGUUUUAACAAAUUUUUAAUAGAUAUUAGGUUUGUUGAUGCAGAGAGGUCUCCGCUUAAUGAAUAUAUUGAUGACACUGACUGUGUGUUAUAUAGGAAAAAAUGUAACAAAUUAUUAAUGCAAGUGCGCUCUCUUUUAUCUGAAAGUCUCUUAAAUGCUAAAGAAAUAGUUGGUAUUGCACAGAAUGAAGACAAUGACUCUAUUCUAGAUGUGACUGAGAAAGAAUUUAUUUGGGACUUAAAUAGACCUUUAUUUCUUCCUCAAUGUGAGAUUUCUCAAAGUGUUAAGAAAAUUAUGGGAUUAAUUGUAAAUUAUUUGGAAGAGAGUUCAAAAUUACCAGAGAAAUAUCAAAACAGACUUGUUUUAAGUAUCAGGGAUAUAGCUGUUAUGUAUCAGACAUUGGUUCCAACAAAGUUCAAGACUGAAUUAGAGAGUUGUCCAUGGGCAAUAGCAUUAUUUUUCAACAACUGCUUCUACUUAGCACAUGGUUUAAUAGGGCCUCCUUGGAAGCUUACCUUGCCUACCAACUUAGCUGAUAUGCUAAUGACUGUGCUACUUGAUUGUAUUCAGGAUUUAAGAGUGAUUGGACUUGAAAAGAUGUCUUUGUUCUUAGAAAAAAAGAAGAAAAUGAUCGUUGAAAGUGUUUUAGAAAGUAAUGGUAAAUAUUUUGAUAAUAUAACACUUAGAACGAAAUUUCAUUGUAUUAAUCUCUAAGAGUUGUGAAAGGUGUGUUUUUUUUUACUUUUUAUUUGAUUUAAACACAAACACAUACAGUAUGAACUUAGUAUCAUUAGAAGACAAUAAUUACAUACUUAUGUAAACAUAGUUAUGAAUGGAAAUGUUCAGUUUGUAUUGAUAAAUUAAAAUAGAAUGUGAUAGCAGCUGUAACAGAAUUGCAGAAUGAAGAUUUAAUUUUUAAUAUCAUUUCUUUCAAAAUUUUUACAGAUCAAGAUGGAGAUGGUCCUUGGUCCAUGAAUAAUUUUGAAAAAUUCGAUAGGGCGGUGAACAACGCCCUGAGUUUCUUAUGCGAACUUAGCGGUUACUGGCAUAAAAGAUUACCCACUCGUAUGUAUGAUAUGGCCCUAAGUACCCUCAUUCAGGGUCUAUGCGAGUCUGUUAUAAGUAGAGUUUUUGAAGGGCACUCCAUUAGCGAACCUAUUGCUUAUAUGCUAGUGCAACAUUUAAUUAACAUACAUACAAAUGUCUGCAGUUACUUUAUGGUAAGUGUAAUGAUAAAAAUUGGUAAGCGAGUUAUAUUUCAUAAUUAUUACUAAAAUAAGAAAAUAAAGGAUCUCAACUAGUAUUCAAACAGUGUUAUUUGACAUGCAGGGGCAGACGUUAUUAACUGACAGUACACAUAAACUUUCAGUUGUAUAUGCAAUAUGACUUGAUGUUUUCUUUCUAUAUUCAAAAUACCAGUAGAAGAAUUUCUGAUU